GCUCCAGGUGCUGCGUAAGAGUGGACCAACCAGCCUCGCGGUGGCUAGGGCUGGGGUCCGAGCAAGAAAGCCAGAGCCCGGAAGCCGCAGGAAGCAGUAGACGUCAGGGUGGACUCAGUACUUGCUGCUGCCAGCCGAAGAGGCAGUACACCACGGUCAAAGGGCCAUCCCUCAAGUGACCUGGAUUCCCCAGUUACCUCCUCCAAGCAGGAAGAUGGGGCGUGUCCCAGACCCCCGCAGCACCUCAGCCCCAGUUGACACCACUGCUGAGGCCAGUCUCAUUCCAGACCUCAUUACCAGGAUCCCUUGGCCCCGCUGGGCACUCUUUAUUGUCGUUCUUGCUGCUGGAGUCCUCCUGGUCUCUUGUCUGCUCUGUGGCAUCUACUGCUGUUGCCGCCGCUGCCAACGCCGAAGGAAGCAGCCCAAAGACAAAGAAGCUGUGGGCCUGGGCAGUGCUCCCAGCAGCACCACUACUCACCUGGUUCAACCAGAUGUGGACUGCCUGGAGUCCUGCUCUGGGGGCCCGCAACAGUGGGGGCGACUGCUACUCUCACUGGAGUAUGAUUUUGGAAGCCAGGAGAUUAGGGUGGGCCUGAGGCAGGCCGAAAACCUGAAGGCUGAGGGCACAGCAGACCCCUACGCCUGUAUCAGUGUUUCCACCCAGGCUGGGAGAAGACAUGAGACAAAGGUGCACCGGGGGACUCUCUGUCCCAUGUUCGAAGAGACAUGCCACUUCUCAGUCCCGUCAGCAGAGCUGCCCAGGGCCACCCUGAAGGUGCAGCUGUUGGAUUUCAAGCGGUUCUCGGAACACGAGCCAUUGGGGGAGCUCCAGCUAUCCUUGGGCACUGUAGAUCCCCAGCAUGUCCUGGAGAACUGGUACCAGCUGGGCCCUCCUGGUACCACUGAGCCUGAGCAGAUGGGGGAGCUGUGCUUCUCACUGCGCUACGUGCCCAGCUCAGGCCGCCUGACUGUGGUUGUGCUCGAGGCUCGGGGCUUGAAUCCAGGGAUUUCAGAGCCCUUUGUAAAGGUCCAGCUCAUAUUAAACCAGAGAAAAUGGAAGAAGAAGAAAACAUCCUCUAAGAAGAACACAACUAUGCCCUACUUCAACGAGGCCUUCACCUUCCUGGUUCCCUUUAGCCAGCUCCAGAGUGUGGACCUGGUGCUGGCUGUCUGGGCCCAUGGCCUGCAGCUCCGGGCUGAGCCUGUGGGCAAGGUGUUGCUUGGUUCCCGGGCUUCAGGUCAACCCCUACAGCACUGGGCAGAUAUGUUGGCCCAUGCCAGGCGACCCAUAACCCAGUGGCACCACCUGCAGUCCCCCAGGGAGGUGGAUCGUGCUCUAGCCCUGAAGCCUCGCCUGCCCCUGCCUAGUCCUCGCUCCUAAAAGAACCCUAAUGAAGCUUCAGUUUCCCCUAAUGGAGCUGUGGGCAUUUGUCCAGGCUCUUCUGAGCUUUCUGUAAUAAAUGCCUUCUCUUUCCCACUCAUGCGCCCUGCUGGAGCCCCAUGAAGAGAACCUGAGACACAAGGUGGGCUCCACCUUGGCACCACUGUCCUCUCAAGGAUGGGGUAGUGUGCUCUGGACAGUUCUGCCAGUCCUGAGCCUCUGCUCAAGACCAGAUUACUAGGUCUUCCCUGGGAGAUAGCACCAUCCUCUCUGGCACUCAGGGUUGGCAGAGGAGCAGGAGAUUAGAGCUGGCCCUGUGGGGACAAAAUGGGUGACUGGGGGGAGUUGUGCAUAGGGACAGUGUGGGGAAGAGACCCCCAAACCAUGAGGGAUGGUGGUACGGAGUGUCUUCUGUACCAUCAGCAGGGGGCAGUAGAUGCCUUUGGAAGCUGCUCUGGGGCCUUUGGGGGCGCGCAGUCCUGGCCUGUGAUGUACCUCUUAAUCCCAGCACAUCUGGCGGGCUUUAGCAGCUCCUACCUUCCUCUGAUCCUCAGGGGCCCCAGAGCAGCAGGGCUGGGGCCAAGCCAUGAUCUGGGUGUCUCUGGGUGGGGUUCAGAAGCGGGAAAGGGGUGAGGGCCUGGCCCCAGUGAGCCGGGCAAUGCAGGACCUGCCUAGGCAACCAAGAACCCUGAGCCCCCACGGGUCAGAGAGAGGUUCCUAGGGCGGUGGCACCACUCUCUGGGGUUGAAGGACAUGUUCCAAGUUGCCUGUGCAGAGAGACACCCAUGGGCAGGGCGUGUGGCAGGCUGGGAGAGGCCCAGCUGCUGGUCCAGGGGCCCAUUUUCUCCUUUCCCUGGGCAGAAAGGCGAGUUCACUACAAGAGAAGGGCCUUCCUCUCCUGAGCCCUGACUACCACACAGGGCCAGGGAAACUGUCUUUGUCUUGGGUUUGUUUGUUUGUUUGUUUCCUGGAGGUGUGUGUCCAAUUUUGCAAUUUUGUAGGAGGACUGAUGUGGUGAGCAAUCACCCCAGGGGCCCAGGCAGGGAGGAAGCACCCAGCAGGCAGUGAGUGGCCAGUGAGUGGCCAGAUGGGUGCUGAGCUACUACUAGGCCAUGCUAUUGACAGUGACUCCAGUUCAGCCUACUUGGGAGGUCAGGUUUCCCAUGGAGGAAGACUUCAGUGGAUGCUUGAGCAGGGUGGGUACCUCGGAGACCCACAUGCAGUGUAAUCCCUGCUGUCCUGAGGGCUCUUGCAGGAACAAGGGUGACAUCUUGAACUUGUCACUGAGACAUAAAUAGAGCAAAUCAACCCCCCCACCCCAAGACUUCUUGGACAGGCCAUCGCCUAGGCUGGCUGGCCAGGAGGUUGAGCAGGUGGGGAGGUUCUCCUCCUCUCUGUGCCCCCAUUGGUCUGAAUAGACUCCAUGCCCUUUCUGAGCAGGGGCCCGGCCUAGGGAAAGCCAUUUAUACCCCUCCCCCUGGCCCACCAGCCCAGCUCACUGCUGCCUGCCUGACCUCGCUCCCCGUCCUGCUGCACAGACUCUAGGUGAGGCCUGGCCCAUCUUCCUGAGGCUGGAGAAUAGGACACUACUUAGGCUAGCUCACAGGAGGACUUCCCUGGGCAGGGACUUGGGGUCUGGGGUCUGCUGCCAACAGCUCUCAUUCUGGGGGCUCCCACAGAUCUGGGACUGAAAAGCAGCAGGUGCUGGUAGGAGGGGGCAGAGGUCUUCGUCAGGGCCUCUGAUGGCAGGUUCUGACUCUGGGGACACACAAGCGAGAGGGUAUUCAGGUCAAGCAAGCGGGGACCUGA